AUUCAUAGAAUUAAUAAAGGGUAAACUGAGAGCACGGGAGCAUGGAAGUGUGUCAUACAGGACAUCUGAUAGAAUAAAGAAUUUAGACAUUAUUCUAAGAGGAAUUGGAAACCUUAAAGUGUUUUAAGCAUGAGCUUGAUAUGACGGGAUUGAUGUGGGAUUUGGGGAGCAGUCUGCCUCGUGGAGAAAGACGUGGCUCUUCAGUUGUAGAAUAUGUUAACGGCUACCUCUUUGACUUAAAUAUUAACAAUCUUGCCUCUCCUCUUGUUCAUGUUGUAUGGAAAACACACCAGUGGAAUGGCAUUGGAGCAGAAUCACAGUACAGUGACAAGAUUCAUCCUGCUGGGACUCACAGACCAGGCAGACCUAAAACAACUCCUCUUUGGCAUCUUCCUGCUGGUCUACUCCUUGACUCUGGUGGGCAACCUGGGCAUGAUAGACCUGAUCCACACCAGCUCUCCCCUCCACACUCCCAUGUACUUCCUCCUGAGUGUGCUCUCCUUCCUUGACAUCUGCAACUCCUCUGUGUUCACCCCCCGGCUGCUGACCAGCUUCCUCACCACUGACCAGUCCAUUUCUUUUGCAGGCUGUGUGGUCCAAAUGGCCUUCAUGAUCCUUCAUGGCACAGGGGAAUGUCUACUUCUGGCCAUCAUGGCUUAUGAUCGAUUUGUGGCCAUCUGCCACCCUCUUCUCUACCACACUAUCAUGUCCAAGCACUUGUGUAUCCAGCUGGUAGUGGUCACCUAUGCUGUGGGUGUGUUCAUUUCAGCUAUACAGACAGGGAAUGCCUUCAGCUUGCCUUUCUGUGGCCCCAACAUCAUCAAUCAUUACUUCUGUGAUAUCCCCCCAGUGCUCCAACUGGCCUGCUCAGAUACCACCACAGCCAAUAUCAUCCUGCUCUUCUUCUCUGCCUUGGUCACUGUCCCCACAGUCUCAGUCAUCUUGGUCUCUUAUGCCUAUAUCCUGGUCACAAUCUGCAGGAUGAGGUCUCUGGAGGCCCAGCGCAAGGCCUUCUCCACCUGCGCCUCCCACAUCACUGCCCUUUCUCUCUUCUAUGGAUCAGUGUUCCUUGUAUAUGUCCAACCCAAUCCUGAAAGUGCUUCAGCCUAUAACAAGAUCCUCUCUGUGUUCUACACCAUUGUGAUCCCCAUGCUGAACCCCCUGGUCUACAGCCUAAGGAAUAAAGAUGUCAAGGCUGCUGUACAAGUCAGGGUUCUUAACCUAAGCAGAAAAGGAAUUUGUCAGAAAGGCAUCUGGUAG